UACUUUGAACCCUCGUGCUCAGAGCGCUAACGUACUGCAGUCGUGUCGUGGCGUGCUCUGUAUCUCCACGGCACUGUCAGCAGACGCAGACGAAAGCUGAAGAGCCGGACACAGUCAUUUCCAUGGCCAAACGAAAGGCAGAGACGUCGGGUCCAGCGGAGGAGAGCGACCUGCUCACCAUUCGUCCACUUGGAGCAGGGCAGGAGGUGGGGAGGUCUUGCAUCAUGCUCGAGUUCAAGGGGAAGAAGAUUAUGUUAGACUGCGGCAUCCACCCAGGCCUAUCAGGAAUGGACGCUCUCCCCUACACUGACAUGAUUGAUGCCGAAGACAUAGAUCUCCUGCUCAUCACACAUUUUCAUCUGGAUCACUGUGGAGCCUUACCGUGGUUCCUGGAGAAGACUACGUUCAAGGGACGUGUGUUCAUGACACAUGCAACCAAAGCCAUAUACCGCUGGCUACUUUCAGACUACAUCAAAGUGAGUAACAUAUCGACAGACCAUAUGCUGUACAGUGAGAAGGACUUGGAGAAGUCCAUGGACAAGAUUGAGACUGUCAACUUCCACCAGGAGGUGGACGUGAACGGAGUAAAGUUCUGGUGUUACCACGCGGGCCACGUCCUGGGGGCCGCCAUGGUGAUGAUGGAGAUAGCCGGAGUCAAGAUUCUCUAUACGGGUGACUUCUCCCGGGUGGAGGACAGACAUCUCAUGGCCGCCGAGAUCCCCUCCGUCUCCCCCGACCUCCUCAUCACCGAGUCGACGUACGGGACACAUGUACACGAGAAGAGAGACAUCCGAGAGGCUAGGUUCACAGGUACAAUUCACGACAUAGUGGCCCGAGGAGGUCGCUGUCUCAUUCCCGUGUUUGCACUCGGGCGUGCGCAGGAACUGCUCCUCAUCCUGGACGAGUACUGGGCCUCUCAUCCCGAGCUGCACGACAUCCCCAUUUACUAUGCCUCCUCUCUGGCCAAGAAAUGCAUGGCUGUGUAUCAGACCUACAUCGGAGCCAUGAACGAGAACAUUAGGAGGCAGAUUGCUGUAUCCAAUCCAUUUGUGUUCAAACACAUAUCCAACCUCAAGAGUAUAGACCAGUUUGACGACGUGGGACCAUGUGUCAUCAUGGCCAGCCCGGGAAUGAUGCAGAGCGGACUGUCCCGGCAACUGUUUGAAACCUGGUGCACAGACAAGAGGAAUGGGGUCAUUGUAGCUGGCUACUGUGUGGAGGGUACCCUGGCCAAGUUUGUUCUGUCUGAGCCGUCUGAGAUAGUCACUCUCUCCGGCCAGAAACUGCCUCUCAGGAUGUCAGUUGACUACAUUUCGUUUUCGGCCCACACUGACUAUGAACAGACGAGUGAAUUCAUUCGCAUCUUGAAACCACCUCAUGUGGUGUUGGUACAUGGAGAACAGAAUGAAAUGGCGAGAUUGAGGGCUGCGCUGGUGAGGGAAUAUGAAGACAACGAGGAGAUCAACAUGGAGAUCCACAGUCCGAGAAACACUCAGGCAGUGGAGCUCUACUACAGAGGAGAGAAGAUGGCUAAGGUGAUGGGUUCUCUGGCGACCAAGCCACCUCACGAGGGGCAGACCCUGUCUGGAGUGCUAAUCAAGAGAGGCUUCAACUACCACCUCAUUGACCCUGCUGACCUCUCCAGUUAUACUGAGCUCACAACCAGCAGCAUACAGCAGGUGAGAGCAUUUUAGUUGUUAUGUAUACUCUAAACCCAGAAAACAUGUACCAGUGAAGGUUUUAGGAUUGAGUGGCUGUGUAAAUUUGAAAUCUGUAAAAUAACGUUUCUCUGCAGCGUCAGAUGCUCAAGUUCCAUUCUCCGUUCUCCCUCCUCCACCACUGUCUCAACCAACUCACCUCUGACGCUGAGAUAAAGAUGCUGCAUGGAAAGAGAGCCGUCUGUGUGUUUGGAGGUAGUGUAUCGGUGAUCUAUGACGAUUCAGCAGAAACGGUGUCCAUUGAGUGGGAUGCAGACAGUGUGACUGACAUGUAUGCUGAUGCUGUUCUGUCAGUCAUCUUGCAGAUUGUGUCAGACCCCUAACUCCCUCCAAAUCAAAGUCAAGGAGGAGGGUAAAUCAAAAGAAAGGUUUCCAGACAGACUCCUGAAGCUGAUGAGGGAGAUGUUUGGACCUCAGAAUGUCAACUGGUGGAAGGAAGACCAGGAGAAGAUAUCAGUCAAGGCUGACCAGCACACUGCCAUCCUCGACCCUCGCUCUCUGGUGGGUGUGGCUACUGGAACAUUCUAGAUGUCUAUCUUCAUUUCUCUUUCAUUUCUCUCCUUCCUCUCUCCCUCGUUCUCUCCUCCCUCUCUCCCCUCUCUCUUAUUUCUCUUUCCUUUUUCCAUCAUAAUCUCAACCUCAGGCAGUGGAAUGUCCUGAUGAUUCACUCAACCAUCUGGUGACUGUGGCAGCAAAGAGACUACAUACUGCGCUCUCAAAAUGAAAAGCACUUGAAAGUGCAUAACCCUCGCCACUUUAUUCUUUAUUUCAGCAGCCAAUGGCUACACUACGUCAG